CCAACACCCUAUUGGGUGACUGCUGUCACAAUUCCACAUCUAACCACUCCCAUUUUAUGAUCUCCAGUGAGGCAAUAGUCUCUGGGAUCACUGUGGUGGAAGACACUCCGGAGAGCUUCAGAAUUCACUCUGCUCCAGAUGCUGACCUGGUCCUGCCUGCUGUCACGUCACCCACUGUUCUUAUUCUCAGCUGGGGCAAUGUUUGCUUUGAGUGGCAUCUCAGAAGUGGAUACUAACCGUGGGUCCUGCAAGGACCAGGAUGAAUCCCAGCCAGGGUCAGAAGGCUCAAGAAUCAAAUCUGUAACUUGCAGUAAAUUUCUAAUUCGAGACCCAAACCAGCAGGUUCUGGUCCUGGAAGGCGGCGUCCUCAAGGCAGUUCCAGAUAGACACACCAGAACCGGAGAGAUCUUUUACAUAGCGACCUCAAAAGAGACAUCAAGCAUAUCCAGCGGCAGCACCACCGAGGCAAAUCAUAUUUUUUUGGCUGUCUGUAAAGGGAAGCUCUGUCUCUGCUGUGACAAAGUCAAAGAACCAAAGUGUCCCUUGUUAGAAUUAAAGAACAAGAACAUCAGUGAACUAAACUCACUGGACGAAGAGUACAGCCUGCCCUUCACCUUCAUCCAGGAGAUGGUCGGCUCCUACUUCACUUUGGAAUCUGCCGCAAAUCCCGGGUGCUUCAUCUGCACCUCCAAAACACCCAUGCAACCUGUGGGCAUGACCAAAGAGCCAGGGAAAGAAAAUAACACUCAAUUUAAAUUUCAAAUUGCAAACGCAGAUCUCAACUCAACUCAUUCUGGUUAGAGGCUGAAUAUAUGAGUGGAAAUGUCCAGGCCACCUUUGACCACAGCCUGGCAGCAGCCAGCCCAGAACCACCAGCACUUGGUCAGCAAUGCUAGUUACUCUACCUUUUGCCCCCAUUUCCAACUUAGCCCCCCACCAGAGAAAGCCAACUCUGUUCCCCAAUCACAGAGCUUCCUUGUGCUGACAACCCCGAUCAGAGCCCAGCUGGAGUCCACCCACCUCUCUCUCCAUAGAGAAAGUUUUCCCAGCCCUCUGCCUCCCCUGGAGUCUCUGCCAAGCACCAGGGAUGCUGGGCCAUUCUCUCACUACAUAGCAAACUCAGAAUCAAUAGCCGGAGUUUGUUUCCAUUUGGGUGUUCUUCCUGAUUUUAAUAAGAACAGCAAAUAAAAUAUCUCCACCCCAUAAAUGUGGUCAUAAGCAA